AUGAAAGCAAAAAGAGUUGUUAUGAUGGAUUCAGGUCUAACAACUACUUCCCAGGAACCAUCAGAGCAAGGCCAUAGCGGAUCUGGUGAUAAAAAGCUGGCUGUUAGUCACGAGAGCAGUGCUAGCAAUACCUCUCCAAUGGCGACAAUCCAAGAUGAUGAUGAGCGGCUUCUAGCUAGAAUUGGGUACAAACAAGAAAUGAGACGUGAGUUCUCAAAAUGGUCAACGAUAUCAUAUGCCAUUUCGAUAUUAGGCGUCUUAGGAUCUGUACCAGCAACUUUCGGCCAGCCACUCAGUGCAGGUGGCCCAGCUACAGCCGUAUGGUGUUGGCUGAUUGGAUCAGUCAUGGCAAUGUGCAUUGGCUCGUCGGUUGCAGAGCUGGUUUCUGCUUACCCGACUGCGGGGGGAAUGUAUUUUGUGACCAAACAUGUAGUCCCAAAAGAUCAAGUCCCGAUAUUUGCCUGGAUUCAGGGAUGGUGUAACUUGUUGGGCCAAACUGCCGGUGUUUCUAGCGUUGCAUACACCGUGAGCCAGAUGUUACUGGCUGCCGCAAGUAUGAAUUCAACACUGGACGAGGAAGGCAAUUAUUCCUUUAAACCGACCGCCCUUCAGACCGUUCUUCUUUCAAUUGCAUUACUCUGCAUAAUGGGUGUCAUCUGCUCCUUGACCACAAAGAGCUUACAUCGGAUUAUUCUUUGGUUUGCCCCAAUCAAUAGCUGGCAUUCAAAAGCGUUUUCUUUCCUCCUUGGUUUUAUCGCCGUCGCUUGGACGAUGACAGAUUAUGACGGAACUACUCACAUGUCUGAAGAAACCCAUGAUGCUGCCGUUAGGGGCCCAGUUGCUAUCCAAACUGCGGUUGUGGUAUCUGGUGUCUUUGGCUGGAUGUUAACCGUCACCCUAUGUUUUUGCAUUACUGAUCUUGAUGCGGUCCUCAAGUCACCAACUGGGCUCCCGGCAGCACAGAUCUUCCUCGAUGCUGGAGGGAGAACUGGUGGGACAAUUAUGUGGUCAUUUGCUGUCCUUGUGCAAUUUUUUACAGGUUGCUCUGCUAUGUUGGCAGAUACCCGGAUGGCCUACGCUUUUGCUCGCGAUGAUGCUUUGCCUUUUUCAAAGGUGUUGGCCAAAAUAAACCCAUAUACUCUUACCCCAAUGAAUGCGGUUUGGUUCGUCGUUUUCUUUUCCAUAUGCCUCAAUUGUAUUGCCAUAGGUUCCACCGAAACCGCAGCAUCAAUAUUCAGCAUAACUGCUCCUUGCCUAGAUCUUUCCUAUAUCGGUGUGAUUUUAGCACACCGGCUAUACAAGAACAAAGUGAAGUUCAUCGAGGGGCCAUUUACCCUUGGUAACUGGGGAGCAAUAAUCAACUGGAUUUCCAUUUCUUGGGUGCUCUUCAUCAGCGUCGUCCUGUUCUUCCCUCCGAUUCAACCAGUGACGCCGCAAAAUAUACGAUAUACGGGGCCUCGUACCAAGGAUCUUCUCGAAGAAGUUCCAUCAGAGGAUUUCGAUACAGGGCCCUACGGCAGCUGUGGUGUGUGA